AUAUAUUAAAUCUUGAACGAUAACUUUUGGCUUCACCACUACACUAAGCAUAACUUGUGUGAUGGAAUUUGAAAUUCUUGGCUUGGAGUUAGUAGAGAAUAUAUACUUUUCUUCUUUAGCAUUCUAUCAUCUUUUUAACUUUUUUAAGCUUUAAAUAGUGAAUUCCAUCAUAACAAUAUUAUUCAUCUCUCAAUUCCAAAUAUUAGUUUCCAUACACACUUGUUCUUUUCAACCCUAAAGAUGGCUGAUGCCUUUGUGUCAUUGGCAGUUCAAAAAUUGGGUGAUUUCCUAAUACAACAAGUUUCACUGAGAAUAAGUCUGAGAGAAGAAGUUACAUGGCUGAGAAAUGAGUUACUCUUCAUACACUCAUUCCUCAAAGAUGCAGAAAUAAAGCAAUGUGUAGAUCAUAGAGUUCAGCAAUGGGUGUUUGAAAUCAACACUAUUGCUAAUGAUGCUGUUGCUAUACUCGAGAGUUACACGUUCCAGGCUGAUGACGAUGAAUUUCCUAGUCGUCUCAAAGCUUGCGUUUGCAUAUAUAGGAAGGAGAAGAAAUUAUACAAUGUGGCAGAGGAGAUUCAAUCACUCAAACAGCGAAUCAUAGAUAUCUCUCGUAAACGAGAGACAUAUGGUAUUACGAAUAUCAAUUUAGGAGAUCAAGGGCCAAGUAACCAGGUUACAACAUUGAGGAGAACUACCUCGUAUAUAGAUGAUGAUCACAUUUUUGUUGGCUUUCAGGAUGUUGUACAAACAUUGCUAGCUCAACUUCUCAAAGCAGAGCCUCGUCGAACCGUCCUCUCCAUUUAUGGAAUGGGGGGAUUAGGCAAGACCACUCUUGCAAGAAACCUCUACAAAAAUCCUAAUAUAGCCUCUCGCUUCCCUACACAGGCUUGGAUAUGUGUUUCUCAAGAGUACAACAAAAUGGAUCUUCUUAAGACUAUCAUAAAAUCCAUCCAAGGUCGCACCAUGGGAACUCUAGGAUUGUUGGAAAAGAUGGAUGAAAGAGAUCUAGAAAACCACCUUCGUGAUCUAUUGAAAGAACGCAAAUACCUUGUGGUGGUUGAUGAUGUAUGGCAGAGAGAAGCAUGGGAGAGUUUGAAAAGAGCAUUCCCGGAUGGCAAGAAUGGCAGCAGAGUCAUUAUUACCACGCGCAAAGAGGAUGUCGCUGAAAGAGCAGCCGACAGAGGUUUUGUUCAUAAACUUCGUUUCCUAAGUCAAGAAGAAAGUUGGGAUCUCUUUCUUAGGAAACUACUUGAUGUUCGAGCAAUGGUUGCAGAAAUGGAAAGUCUAGCUAAGGAUAUGGUGGAAAAGUGUAGAGGCUUACCUCUUGCAAUUGUUGUAUUGAGCGGACUACUUUCGCAUAAAAAAGAGCUAGAUGAAUGGCAAAAGGUGAAAGAUCACCUUUGGAAGAGCAUUAAAGAAGAUAAAUCUUUUGAAAUCUCCAACAUACUAUCAUUAAGCUACAAUGAUUUGUCAAUUGAGCUCAAGCAGUGUUUUCUCUACUUUGGUAUGUUUCCAGAAGAUCGAGUGGUCAAGGCUGAAAACACAAUAUGGUUGUGGAUGGCCGAGGGUUUCAUACCAAGAGGAGAAGAAAGAAUGGAGGAUGUCGCUGAAGGCUUCUUGAAUGAGCUGAUACGACGAAGCUUGGUUCAAGUGGCUAAAACAUUUUGGGGAAAAGUUACUGAAUGUAGGGUUCAUGAUUUACUCCAUGAUCUUGUGAUACAAAAGGCAUUGGAGGUAAACUUUUUUGACAUUUAUGAUCCAAAACGCCACUCCAUAUCCUCUUUAUCUAUCAGACAUGUCAUUCAUAGUCAAGGAGAAAGGUACCCCUCACUUGAUCUUUCUAACUUAAAGUUGAGGUCAAUUAUGGUCUUCGAUCCAGAUUUUCGUAAGUUGAGGUCAGUUCUGUUCCAACAUCUAUAUGUGUUGCACUUGGAUAUGCAUGUUGGGAAUAGGCCUAUAGUACCUGAUGCCAUAGGGAGUUUGUACCACCUCAAGUUUUUAAGAUUGAGAGGUAUCCGUCGUCUUCCCUCUUCCAUUGGCAACCUCAAGAACUUACAAACACUUUGUGUCAAUGAGGGCGGACAGUUUAACCAACUACCCCUCAAGACAGCUGAACUAAUAAAUUUAAGACAUUUAGUUGCUUCGUAUUCAGAACCUCUGGUACAUAUAAGCAAACUCACUAGUCUUCAAGUUCUUCAAGGUGUUUGUUGUGAUCAGUGGAAAGAUGCAGACCCUAUUGAUUUAGUCAAUCUUCGGGAGUUAGACAUGUAUGAUAUUAAGAAAUUUUAUUCCCUAAACAACAUUAGCAGCUUGAAAAACCUAAGCACUCUCACAUUGCAUUGUUCAAAUAUGGAAUCAUUACCAUCUCUUGAAUUUGUCAACUGUUGUGAAAAACUCCAGAAAUUGUGUUUAGAUGGGGGAAUAGAGAAACUACCUCUGUUUCCAAAUUCCAUCACAAUGAUAGCUCUUUGGAACUCAGCAUUGAGAGAAGAUCCGAUGCCUAUUCUGGGAAUGCUGCCAAACCUAAAGAAUCUCCAAUUGUUUAGAGCUUACGAAGGAAAGGAAAUAAUGUGCAGUGAUAACAGCUUCAUUCGAUUAGAGUUCCUUAUUCUUGAUUAUCUUUGGAACCUAGAAAGAUGGGAUUUAGCCACAAGUGCAAUGCCUCUCAUUAAAGAUCUUCUUAUCCAUCGUUGUUCAAAGCUGAAGGAGAUUCCAGAGAGAAUGAAAGACGUGAAGCAUUUCAAACAUAUAUCUCAUAUGAAGUCUUAUUCUUGAUAAUAGAAAAGGAGAUGAAGUUGUCACUCGAAGAUGAAGAUGUGUUGUCCAAGCAUCAAUCAAGUUUCCAUCACUUCACUGAUUUUGUGAUUCUUUUUUUUAAGUGUGGAAUUGGUUGUAAGAGAUUUUUUGUAUGCAAAAAUGAUUUUGUGAUUAUUUAA